AUGCACCACCUACGUCGCUCCCUCAGUAUCGCCGGCGCAGACGCAUUCGACGUCGGAAAGACAGCCAGUAAUGAGGCUAAUAAUGUUAUAAAAGACGGUCCUACUGCUGUAAUAUAUGCCAUAGCAGCCGUAGCAGCCGCAGAGACUACAGAGAGCCAGGUCAGCGACAAGGUCCAAUCAUUAUCCGACGAAUUGAAGCCCCAUCUUCCAGACUAUUAA